GGGACACAGCCUGCCACAAGUUAGUUGUAUUUAUACAAAGCUGUUAUAUGAAAAUUCCGUAAACUAGUCAAAUCUUUUGCAGUGAUACGUAAAAUGGGUCAAGUGAACCCAGAAAUACUUAAUAGCGACGUAGCGAGCCACAAUUGAAUAGAGUAUGAAAUAUUGGAAAAUUCAACUAAUGUCAAUUUUACAAAGAUAUGCGUUACCAGCAGUACUCAAUCUACGAUGUAACCAGGAUUAGUAACAUACAUGAGUUGCGAAGACUACAAUGACGCUUGAUUCAAGCAGAGAAGUACUUGUCAAACCAUCCAAUGUAUUUUUUCAUCGAUCUGAUAAGGGGAAUUUCAACACAUGCGAGGUUUUAAUAGUGAACAAAUCGGCUCGAACACUGCGUUUUAAAGUUUUGUCUACUGCUCGGUCCAGAUACACACUGUCAACUUGUAAGGGCUUACUAAAAUCUGGGGAGUUUGUCAAGACGGAUAUUUCGGUCUCGAGAAUCCCAGUGAAUGAUGACGUUGCCAAGGAUUUUUUCAAGGUUCAGUUCUUCGACUCCAUUGACGGUUCCGCCUUUUGUGAACACUACAUAUGUUCAACCAUUUCACGUAAUCCAUCUCAAAAUGUUACCAGUCGUGAUUCAGAUUCGUGCAGCACUUGGCCAAGUCGUUACCAUGAUGUGGGAUUGUCUGUUGCCAGUCUGCGUGCAGCGUCUUUAUCACGCGCAAUUGGAGAUUUAGUUGGGUCUGAAAAGCACUCAGUGAAUUCAAAGGCCUAUUUGUCAGUGGAUCGUGCAAAAAGUUUGGUUUUUCCAAACUUUUCAUCCACGAUGAAGGUACAGAAAACCAUAACAAAUCCGAAUACGCUAAAAAUUGGCCAUGUCAAUAAUGCUAGUGAAACAGCAAACAGUAAAACUGGCGUUUUACUCCUAUAUGAUCUAUUUUACAGUUUUUUAUUUCUAUUAAGUUUGUUAGUUUGUUUAUUUGGCAUAUUACUACCAUUUCUUCCGUAUGAUAGUAAAUUAUGGUUGUUGUCAAAAAUUCUACGUGAAUCACCAAAAUCAGAUUAUCCUGCCAGUAUGCCUAAUUCACUAGCAUUUCCGUAUCAUGCGCAAAAAGCCUAUAGUUAUGCAAAGUUUUAUAAACAAACGCCUAGCAAUGAUGCUACAUAUUCAUCGACUACUACAGAAUGUCCUGCAGGUGAUAAUCUAUCAAAGGAUGAAUUCAAUCGUCAGACUCAUUUGGCUUUUGUUGCGUUUAAAGCAGCUUUUCAUAGUAUUUGCAAAGCAUUGAUUGCUUUGGAUCCAUCAGUUGCAAUUGCCAAUAUGUCAUGGUUUUGUCUCGACCGGCAUUGUCUGUUAGUUGUCACAACUACUGAUUGUAGUUUUGAUCUGAAUAGCGGACUUGAAAAAAUGCAUGAAGCUGCUAAAGUUUAA